UGGUGGUGAAAGAGAUUCCAGACAGGGUGUCCAUCAGCUUUGUGAAUCACAACGGGCAGAUGACUGAGGAUGAACCGUAUGAGCUCCAGUGUGACAUUCAGAAAGUUUCUUUGCUUGAGUCCCUCACUGUGAACUGGUUCAAAGAAGGCACUCUAGUGAAAAGUAAAACCUUUACUAAACCCACCAAGACCCCUGAGAAUGUGCUUGAUAUGCUCCAGAUCACCCCCAGCAUAAAUGAUAAUGGAGCUCACUACAGGUGUGAAGCAAAACUGGAUCUGGGAACAGACGGACCUCCACUUACAGUCACAUCAGAUGCCCUCAGAAUUACAGUACAGUCUCCUUGUAUCCUCACUCUUCAGCCUCCUAAAGUGGUGGUUAAAUAUGGAGAUAAAGCCUCAGCAAAUUGUUCCACUAAUACUGACCACAUAGGGAUGGGCUGGGAGGCCUCUCAAGGACCAGUGGACAUGAAGGAUGAUGUACAAUUAAUCACCUGGAGUGUAGACAGUCUUGUAGACUGGGGCAUGAAACCAUUUUGCUUCAUGAAUCCUAAUCCAGACCAGCAGUGCAAAGUUCAUCUCAAUGUUACUAUUUACAAAACUCCAGAAAGUGUGUCCAUCAGCACUGUGAAUCACACUGGGCCGAUGAUUGAGGGUGGACAGUAUGAGCUCCAGUGUGACAUUCAGAAUGUUGCUCCUGCUGAGCUCCUCACUGUGAGCUGGUUCAAAGGAGACACUCUAGUGAAUAAGGAAACCUUUGCUAACUCGAUCAAGACUCCAGUGAAUCGGUCAUCUACACUCCAGAUCUCCCCCAGCAGAGCUGAUGAUGGAGGUCAGUACAGGUGUGAAGCAGAACUGGAUCUGGGACCCGAAGGACCUCAACCUCCUCCUACAGUGACGUCAGAUCACCUCAACAUUACAGUACAUUAUGGUCCAGAAAUAGAGUCAGGAGAUGAGUCAGUAGAGGUGUAUGAAGGCAGGGAUGUGACUCUGCCCUGCACUGCUGAGGGGAACCCAGAGCCUGAAGUCAAGUGGAGCUUCAACAAUCAGUCUAAGACCACUGGAGGGAGACAGACGACACUGACGAUUUCUGGAGCCACGCCUGCUGAUGGUGGGGAGUAUACAUGCACUGCAACGAACACAUUUGGGAGCCAGACAAGGAGAGUCUUCUUGGUGGUGAAAGAGAUUCCAGACAGGGUGUCCAUCAGCUUUGUGAAUCACAACGGGCAGAUGACUGAGGAUGAACCGUAUGAGCUCCAGUGUGACAUUCAGAAAGUUUCUUUGCUUGAGUCCCUCACUGUGAACUGGUUCAAAGAAGGCACUCUAGUGAAAAGUAAAACCUUUACUAAACCCACCAAGACCCCUGAGAAUGUGCUUGAUAUGCUCCAGAUCACCCCCAGCAUAAAUGAUAAUGGAGCUCACUACAGGUGUGAAGCAAAACUGGAUCUGGGAACAGACGGACCUCCUCUUACAGUCACAUCAGAUGCCCUCAGAAUUACAGUACAGUCUCCUUGUAUCCUCACUCUUCAGCCUCCUAAAGUGGUGGUUAAAUAUGGAGAUAAAGCCUCAGCAAAUUGUUCCACUACUAUUGACCACAUAGGGAUGGGCUGGGAGGCCUCUCAAGGACCAGUGGACAUGAAGGAUGAUGUACAAUUAAUCACCUGGAGUGUAGACAGUCUUGUAGACUGGGGCAUGAAACCAUUUUGCUUCAUGAAUCCUAAUCCAGACCAGCAGUGCAAAGUUCAUCUCAAUGUUACUAUUUACAAAACUCCAGAAAGUGUGUCCAUCAGCACUGUGAAUCACACUGGGCCGAUGAUUGAGGGUGGACAGUAUGAGCUCCAGUGUGACAUUCAGAAUGUUGCUCCUGCUGAGUUCCUCACUGUGAGCUGGUUCAAAGGAGACACUCUAGUGAAUAAGGAAACCUUUGCUAACUUGAUCAAGACUCCAGUGAAUCGGUCAUCUACACUCCAGAUCUCCCCCAGCAGAGCUGAUGAUGGAGGUCAGUACAGGUGUGAAGCAGAACUGGAUCUGGGACCCGAAGGACCUCAACCUCCUCCUACAGUGACGUCAGAUCACCUCAACAUUACAGUACAUUAUGGUCCAGAAAUAGAGUCAGGAGAUGAGUCAGUAGAGGUGUAUGAAGGCAGGGAUGUGACUCUGCCCUGCACUGCUGAGGGGAACCCAGAGCCUGAAGUCAAGUGGAGCUUCAACAAUCAGUCUAAGACCACUGGAGGGAGACAGACGACACUGACGAUUUCUGGAGCCACGCCUGCUGAUGGUGGGGAGUAUACAUGCACUGCAACGAACACAUUUGGGAGCCAGACAAGGAGAGUCUUCUUGGUGGUGAAAGAGAUUCCAGACAGGGUGUCCAUCAGCUUUGUGAAUCACAACGGGCAGAUGACUGAGGAUGAACCAUAUGAGCUCCAGUGUGACAUUCAGAAAGUUUCUUUGCUUGAGUCCCUCACUGUGAACUGGUUCAAAGAAGGCACUCUAGUGAAAAGUAAAACCUUUACUAAACCCACCAAGACCCCUGAGAAUGUGCUUGAUAUGCUCCAGAUCACCCCCAGCAUAAAUGAUAAUGGAGCUCACUACAGGUGUGAAGCAAAACUGGAUCUGGGAACAGACGGACCUCCUCUUACAGUCACAUCAGAUGCCCUCAGAAUUACAGUACAGUCUCCUUGUAUCCUCACUCUUCAGCCUCCUAAAGUGGUGGUUAAAUAUGGAGAUAAAGCCUCAGCAAAUUGUUCCACUACUACUGACCACAAAGGGAUGGGCUGGGAGGCCUCUCAAGGACCAGUGGACAUGAAGGAUGAUGUACAAUUAAUCACCUGGAGUGUAGACAGUCUUGUAGACUGGGGCAUGAAACCAUUUUGCUUCAUGAAUCCUAAUCCAGACCAGCAGUGCAAAGUUCAUCUCAAUGUUACUAUUUACAAAACUCCAGAAAGUGUGUCCAUCAGCACUGUGAAUCACACUGGGCCGAUGAUUGAGGGUGGACAGUAUGAGCUCCAGUGUGACAUUCAGAAUGUUGCUCCUGCUGAGUUCCUCACUGUGAGCUGGUUCAAAGGAGACACUCUAGUGAAUAAGGAAACCUUUGCUAACUUGAUCAAGACUCCAGUGAAUCGGUCAGCUACACUCCAGAUCUCCCCCAGCAGAGCUGAUGAUGGAGGUCAGUACAGGUGUGAAGCAGAACUGGAUCUGGGACCCGAAGGACCUCAACCUCCUCCUACAGUGACGUCAGAUCCCCUCAACAUUGCAGUACAUUGUAAGUCCUCCACAAAUUGUUUCAUCUUCUUUACACAUAAACAACAGACGGGUGACAAAUAAAGGAAAGACUGACAUAAAGUGACUUAGUAAAGUGUUGGGACACCAGAACAUCUUACAAUUGAUGGUACCUCAGUUGGUGCUUUGAUGAUGGUGGUGGGUGUGCUGUCUAACACGUUGGUUUAAAGUCUGUCACAUUUGUUCAGGUGGAUUAAGAUCU